AUGCUGAUGGAAAAUGAAGAUAUUCAUCACUCUCCCUCCGAACCUGAAGUGGAGGAGAUUCAUCACUCUCCCACAGCUUGUGUAGCUGAUGAGCAUGAUUAUCAGAAAGCAAAUGAUUCAAAAUCUUCUCGAGGGGAUGAUGAUGAUGAUCUUUAUGAAGAUGUGGAGUUUUUGAAAGAAAUCGACUUUACAGGAAUCAAUGAUGACAUUCCAACAAACAUAGAGUUUGAUUUUGGUGAUGAAGAUUUUGAUCCUUUUCUUGAUAUUCCCAACAGUCGUGUAAAUAAAGUCAAUGAAGUUGCUUCUCUAGCAACCAAGACUAGAGAUGAAGGAAAUUUUCUCAAAAUUCUGCUCUCUACCUCAAAGCCCUUGGAAAUCACAACAAGCCAAGGGGAUGUGACAUCAGAGAUUCCUCCCUCUGUGUCACCUGUCUCAACAUCAACUCCAGUCAUUUCUAUCUUAUCUGAACCUCAGACUUCUCAGACCUCCAUAAGAACAUGUCAAUAUCUUGAAAGUCUGGAGGUACCCUCUGUAAAAUGUGCUCCUCAAGUUAUUUCAACAAUCACUGCAACCACUGCUCACUCUCCUUCAAAGCAGACUGAUGAAGAUGAAGCUUCUAUCAGAUUAGUAAAACAUCUGGCUCAAUCUAGUCCAACCUCUUCACGCGGAAAAGGAAUAUCAUUUAACGAGGGUCAGACAGAUGAUGACAAAUCCUCUUCAUCUGAUCUCCGAGAAGAAAUUGGAAUUCUCCGUCAACAGCUCAUUGAAAAGUCAAUUCAGAUGGAUCAGCUUUCUGCACAUAUUUUUGAGCUCAAAGCAAAAGAUGAAGAAAAGACCAAACAAAUCAAUGAUCUACAAACGAGUCUUGGAUCUGUUCUAGCUAAUUAUUUCAAUCUCAAGAAUGUAUUGUACGAUGCUUUUGGUGAAAAAGACAAAUCCCUCUUCCAACAGCCUCAUGGAGUAGUUGAUCCUCCUUCUGUUCAAUCACCUCCUGCAACUGAUGAUCUACCUGUUGACCCACCUGUUCCAAGAACAACUACCAUUGUCGACAGAUUUGAAAAAGAACCUGAAGGAAGCAGAGCCAGAAUCACAAUCAAGCAUGGCAAAAGAAUCGACAGGCAUCCGAAUGCGGGCCUUUGA